CAGACGCAUUCGUGAGAACAGUUUUUGCACAGGAGACAGUAAAAAAUGCAUCUGCUACGAUUAUUCUUUCCCCUUCUUUAACCCCCAUCCCCCCUCCAAUUUCCUUUAGGAAGAAACCACAGCAUGGAGUCUCUUUUCAGUCUCUUUUAAAAUUAAAAAACUCUCAAAAAGAGAUCCUGCUUGUAAAACCUUUUAGAGUUGUUUGCAAAAGAGAAGGGGGGCGGGGGGGAAGCGCAUAAGGAGCGAAGUGCUUAUAUUCUGGCCAAGUUAUGAGCCUCUGAGAACAAGAGCUUGAGGGGAGGACAGUUAACCCAAUUCUCUCGGGCAGAGUGAGCUCCUUCCCGCGGGUCUGCACUGCCUGUGACGCUCAGCGCACCCUCGCCCUCCUCGGGAGAGGCUGGACCGCCGGAGAACUGCGGGAAUCUGCAACAAAAAAAAAACGAUGACAGUCUGAAAUACGUCCCACUGCCAACCUCCGAAUUCGUCUGUCACCUCAGACCCUGACGAGUUUGACAGAGCAGCAGAAUUUCAACUCCAAUAGACCUGAAUGUGUUUCUGGGCAAAGAAGCAGAGCUAAACAAGGAGAGAGAUUUAAAGAAUAUUGGGCAUUUGUCAAACUUAUUUCCAGGCUGUGUGCAAAGACAGGAUUCAGCUGCAAUUUUCUGCCAAGGCUCUGGGUCCAGCCACCUACCUGAAGGUCUAGAACAAUGAAGACUGUGAUUUUUUUCCUAUGCAUUUUGGGAACUGCAGGUGCUAUUCCGACACAAGCAAGGUUCCUAUCUGAUCAUUCCAACCCAACUGCUGACUCCUUGAGUUCCUUCCAAGAGGCUGAAACAUCUGAGCACACUGCAAUACCACUUGUAGAGGCUGAAGAUGCAGAAAAUGAAAAAGAAACUGCAACAUCCAUAGAAGACCAUUCCCAUCAUAAGCCUGAAAAAUCUUCAGUGCUAAAGUCAGAGGAGGAAAACCAUGAUCAGUCAGCGGAUCAGGAAGAGAGUUACAACCAAAAUCUGGGAUUGCAGGACCAAGAGAAAACUGAAAGUGACUUAACUGAGAAUUUGGAGUAUUCACCAACUGAAGGCACAUUGGACCUAAAAGAAGACAUGAGUGAACCUCAAAAGGAGGAACUCCCAGAGAGCUUCCUUGCUCGUGAUGUUAGUUCCAUUGUAGAUUCUAACCAACAAGAAAGCAUCACAAAAACAGAGGAAAACCAAGAACAACCUGUACAUGCCUCUCAUCCUCAGUUGAACAGUCAAGACCCAAGUGAUCAAGGAAACCAAGAUCAGGACACAAAUGGAGAAGAGGAAGGAGGGAGAGAGCCAGGUGAAGUGGGUACCCACAGUGAUGAAGAAGAACGGGAGACAGAGCUUCCCAAGGAGCCUUCUAACAAUGAGCAGGAAGAAGACAGUACCCAAUCAGAUACUGUUUUGGAAGAGUCUUAUCAACCAACUCAAGAAAGCAAGAUGCAGAAAGAGGAACUUGAACAGGGUAGCCGAGAACGAGAAGAGGAAAACAGCAAGGAAGAAAUGGAAGAAGAAACUGCAUCAAAAAUCGAUAAGCCCAGUCAAGAUACAGAAUGGCAGAGCCAAGAAGGAAAGCCUGGCCCUGAAGUUAUCAGCAACCACGAGGAGAUGGAUAAAAAGACCCUUUCUGAGCCUCUAUUGGUGGAGCCUACUGAUGGUGUUAAUGCCAUGGCCAGAAAUCAUGGGGCCAAGGAUAACAGUGAUAAUGGCCCCAGACACAAUGCAAGUGAGGACUACUUCAUCCCAAGCGAGGAGUUCCUGGAGAAUGAAAGAGCUCAGUCCAUUUACUAUCACACCGAACAUGAAGAGCAAAGAGGAAAAGCACAGGAGAAUGAGAACGCAGAUACCAGUGAACCUGUAGAAAACCAAUGGGCCAAGAAAGCAGAGAGCUCACCGAAAGAUGAGAGUUCAGCUGAAGGCAACAGGAGGGUGCACAGUGUCGAUUCUUGCAUGAGCUUCCAGUGCAAAAGAGGACACAUCUGCAAGGCUGAUCAACAUGGAAAACCCCACUGUGUCUGCCAAGAUCCAGCAUCUUGUCCUCCUACAAAACUCCUUGACCAAGUUUGUGGCACUGACAAUCAGACCUAUGCCAGCUCCUGUCAUCUCUUUGCUACUAAGUGCAGCCUGGAGGGGACGAAAAAGGGGCACCAACUGCAGCUGGAUUACUUUGGAGCCUGCAAAUCUAUUCCUGCUUGUACGGACUUUGAAGUGACCCAGUUUCCUCUAAGGAUGAGAGACUGGCUCAAGAAUAUCCUUGUGCAGCUUUAUGAACCUAACCCUGAACACUCUGGAUAUCUGAAUGAGAAGCAGAGAAAUAAAGUCAAGAAAAUUUACCUGGAUGAAAAGAGACUCCUGGCUGGAGACCAUUCCAUUGACCUUCUCUUAAGAGACUUUAAGAAAAACUACCACAUGUACGUGUAUCCUGUGCACUGGCAGUUCAGUGAACUGGACCAGCAUCCUCGGGACAGGGUCCUAACCCACUCUGAGCUCGCGCCUUUGCGAGCAUCUCUCGUGCCCAUGGAACACUGCAUAACGCGCUUCUUUGAAGAGUGUGACCCCAACAAGGAUAAGCACAUCACCCUGCAGGAGUGGGGCCACUGCUUUGAAAUUAAAGAAGAAGACAUAGAUGAAAAUCUCCUGUUUUGAAUUAAGAUUUGAAAGAACUCAAAAUACCCAGCCUCCUCCUUUGUUCUGACCACUUCUGAAGUAUAUCCAAUGUGAUACUUGUAGAUUUAUAUUUAGCAAAAUGCUUGCAUGUCUGAGAAGACAAUGAGAGUAACUGCUUGAUAACAGUAUAGGCACCAGGCAUUUACCAUUAGCUUUAGAAAUAAAACUUUAAAAUUAAAGAGUCAGUAUAUGUAAAAUAUUGUACACUGUGAACAGGAGUUUAACUCAUUACUCUCUGCAUCCAUUUAUAAUAUACUUAAAGAUUAUAAAGCUAAAAAAAUACAUUCAUUUUGUCCAUAGUAUCAUGUGCACUUCAGAAAAGUGAAAUAAGUCUCUUUGUUACUGGUGUGUGUUAUUGUCAAUAUCUUAACAUCCUAAUAAAAAUCCAUAUAAAUCCAA